CAAAUUUAUGUAGCGAAAUUUUCAAAGUUUUCUUUUAAAUUUUGGACGAGCUCAAAGAGCCCUGCAGUAUGCACUUCGCCAUCGAAGACUAUCAGAAGCUCUUGUUUUAAACAUUUACUUACUUUAGCUAAAUUAGAAAGGCUUAGAUUAUUUGGUGGUAUGUUCUUGCUUUGCAUCUCCUCCUUUGUGACUAUGGCUCUUCCUUUCGGCAUCGGAAAAAUGAUCGAUUUUGUUUUUGAUGAGAACAUUGGCCUUGUAAAAUUCAGAAAUGCAUCUUUGUUUCUCAGCGGAAUUUUUUUCAUCGGAGCCUGCGCCAACUUUGGUCGUGUGUAUUUGUUCAAUACGGCGUCCAAUAACAUCGUGGCCAAUCUCCGCAAAACCGUUUUCAGCUCUAUCAUGCUGCAGGAUAUUUCCUUUUUUGACAAAAAUCAAAGCGGCCAGCUGGUAAACCGUUUAUCUUCGGAUUCCCAAAUUGUUGGAUCGAUUUUAACCACUAAUAUUAGUGAUGGAUUGAGAAGUCUUAUUCAAAGUUUAGUUGGCUUUGGAAUGAUGUGGCAGAUUUCUCCUCUCCUUACUGGACUUGUUCUGUCUGUGAUCCCCAUUGCGGCCGGGCUCGCUUUGGUCUACGGCCGUUUUGUAAAGUGCCUUGCCCGUCAGUUGCAGGACUACGCCGCUCUUGUUAACCAUGCUGGUGCAGAAAAAAUUGCCAACAUUAGAACUGUUCGUGCUUUUGCUCGAGAGCAAUAUGAAAUAAAUAAUUAUUGUGCCGAAAUCGAUAAAAUUACGCAACUGGGAAAAAAGGAAGUUUUUGCAAAGUCUUUAUUUUUUGGCUCCACUGGUUUUACUGGAAAUAUGAUUAUCCUUUCGGUGCUUUGGUGCGGAGGAGGCAUGCUGAGCGCGGGCACCAUAACUGUUGGGAAUCUGACUUCCUUUUUAAUAUACACUGCAUAUUCAGGCAUCUCUAUUGUGGGGCUCAGCGGGUUUUAUAGCGAAGUAAUGAAGGGGCUUGGCGUAGCCGGCGCUCUUCAUGAGCUGGUCGUCACGCGUCCUCCGCUUGUUACUCGGAAGAAAGAGGUUCCUCCGCUUAUAAAAGGUUCUUUAACUUUUGAGGAUGUUUGCUUUGCUUAUCCCACACGAAAAAGCCAACAGGUCUUCAAUAAGUUUUCCCUGCACAUCGAAAGCGGAAGCGUCAUUGGGUUACUUGGCAAGAGUGGAUGCGGGAAGUCCACGCUGGCCUCGUUACUGUUAAGAUUUUAUGACGUUAAUUGUGGCGCGAUCCAGCUGGAUGGUGUCGAUAUAAAAGACAUUGACUCAUCCUGGCUAAGAGCACAUAUUGGCCUGGUCCCUCAGGAGCCCGUCUUAUUCACGGGAACAAUAAUGGAUAAUAUUCGUUAUGGGUUUCUUGAAGCCACUGAAGAAGAAAUCAUCGAGGCUUCUAAGAAGGCCAACGCUCAUGACUUUAUCAACGAUUUUAGUGACGGUUACGCCACACUUGUUGGAGAGGGCGGAAGAAGUCUUUCCGGGGGACAGCGCCAGCGAAUUGCUAUUGCGAGGGCUCUUUUGAAGAAUCCAAAAAUCAUUAUAUUUGAUGAGGCCACCUCUGCGCUCGAUUCUGCCAGUGAAAGGCUCAUCCAGGAGGCCUUGGAUCGAUAUCUGUUGGGCGACCGAACUGUGCUCAUCAUAACGCACCGCCUCACGACGCUCCGGCGGGUCAAAAAAGUCGUGGUCCUCGCGGACGGGCGAAUAAGGGAACAGGGAACCCUCGAUGAACUCAUGCAAGGCAAGGCGCCCUUGUUUAAAAGCUUACUGGCUCGCGAACUUUCAGGUGGCGCCUAUCUACUUAGUCCUGCUGAGAACGCACACGCCAACGCCUUAUAAUCAUAAUCGGUACACUCCACCAAUUAGCGGAUCUCAUUAGUAAACUCGACCAAUAA